CCAGGUCCUCAUCUAUCUACUGGGUCUGGCUCCAACGAGCAUCAGCCCCGAAAUUAUCAUUAGAGCGCUAGAGAACGAUGGAAUUUCCGCCAGUAUUAUUCAGCCUCUUGUGAGACAUCUCCCAAGCCAAAUUGACAUCAAUAAGGAUUUAUUCGUCGCAGCCGCAGACAAGUCUUCGAUUUCCCUCGAAACAAUCCAGGCCUUUAGCACGCCAUUGAGCUUUCAAAAUGAUACCAGCGAAGCUGUCCUCAUCAGUAUACUCAAGAAGAACAGUUGCGAUGAACGGCUGAUGGAAAAGCUUCUGCAGGGGUCGUUCCCAUUGCCAGUCAUAGAGGAAGCCAUAGUUGUGGCCUCCCAUUCUGCUCACCGUACACCGAAAUUCAGUGGGACCAUUUACUGAACAACAUGUUAUGGAUCUACUGGCGAAGAUGAUUGAUCGGGGACCCCCGAGCGUUGAGUUCCUGGACAUUGCGAUACCACCUUUCAAGGCAGGUAAUUUGCAGUUCAUAAGAAAUCGGUUCGAGGGCCUCAGGGACAUGGAUCCGGCAUUGGCCUCUUCAUCUCUUGAUAAAUCAGACUUUCUCCAGCUUCAAAAUAUCCUCACAACCAAAGGCCUCCUGGGCACUAUUGAUGGAGACAAGUGUGGCAGGCAUUUUCUUGAAACCAGCACCCUAGGUUCGAAGUCUGAAGAGAGCAAUCCAUUUUUUCAUGAUAUAAUUGUUACCGAAGAGAUGGUGCGAUACAAGGCCUCAGUUUACAGGCGAGGUGACCCCAUAGGAUUAUUGUUACGUCAACAGACCCACCUGGUCAUUGUGACAGCUGAGGCUAUUCCUGCGAUAAUCAAAUACAAUGAUCUAAGCACAGUUCGACUACUGCUAUCGCCAAACCAAAAUGUCAUCAUUCCUUCCGUGUUGCUGUUUUCAUUGCACGGCACAAAGCUCGAGAACAUGGAAGAUGGUUUGAGGUCCAAGCUGCGGAUUGCGGUGAAAGAGGAUAUUGUCUGCGCAGCAAUUGAGAAUAACAGUGAUCAGAAUCUGGCAAUUCUCAAUUUUCUUUUUGUUUCUUUCGGUUGUCCCAAUGUUGUAUCCACCAGAGCGCUGGUAGCUGCUGCUAGCACGCAGUAUAACUCUACACAGAUGCUUGAGCUGUUGCUUGCUUGCAACCAAGGCAGGAUUGAUGAUCUUGAACCAAUUGCUGUUGCUGCAGCUAAAAACGAUGCGCAAGGAGAUCACCCGCUUGUAGUGCUUUUUAAUCAUUUUGGUCAUGAGAUCCGACUUUCCGAUUCUUUGCUUGUCGCUGCCGCAGAGAACAAGGGUACGAAACAUGCUUUGUUACAAUGUGUCUCGCGAAAUUGUCAAAUGACCCCCAGUGUACUUGCUGCUGCUGCACGCAAUCCUAUCUUUGCGAUGGACAUGAUGGCAAUAUUGUUGGAGAGAUUUCAAACGCCCCUCACAGAAGACGUUUUGAUUGAAGCUGCUCGCAACGAAUCUCAGGGCAUUCAACUUUUCCAGCUGCUCCUUGGGAGAAGGAGGCCUGAGUUCCGACUGACUGAAAGCAUUCUCAGAGCCUACAUGACAACAACAACAGGUAAAUACAUUGUUCCCGAUGCUUUCCUCGAUUCAUCUUUAUAUGUCGACCCGCACUGUCUCCGGACUGCGGCGAUCCUAUCUAGGUCCCUUUCCUACUCGCAAUUCGAUGUCUUUCUGUCCAAUUCUCGAUUUCUCAAUCCACAGGAGUUGGCUUUCGAGCUCGCCCAGGAAUGCAACGAUGCCACCCUACGAAUGAUUCUCGAGCGAUACGGCCACGAAAUCGAUCUGUCAGAGGGUUUAUUGAAAAGGGCAGUCCGAAAUACGAGUUCAGAAACAAAUAUUCUGAAAGUGUUGAUUUUUGCCGGUGAAGGUGUAGGAAAGACCGUAGCAGUUACUUCUGAUCUGGUAGCUGUUGCUGCUGGGAACUCAAAGUACGGAUACGAGUCUGUUCAAUUGCUACGAACCCGACGCUCGAAAGCACCAUUCGUCAACUCGGAGGCAUUAUUGGCUGCUGCUUCUAAUGAAGCAUCUUUCUCUCUUCAGCUGCUCAGGCUGCUCUUUCGAUGCUGCCAGGAUUCAAUUCUGAUCACCACCAAACUGCUCUCCGCCGCUGCCAAAAACCGCGCCCAUGGAACAGAAAUGCUGCGAUUUCUUCUGUCUCGUCUUGAGAAUCAAGGAGACGAUCAAAUCAACUUUGAAAAAGUCUUGAAGGCUGCAGCUACGAAUACUAAGGUCGACAAGAGCUGGAGAGAUCUCCAUUACAUCUGGCAUUCCCCUUUGGGGCUACUUGUCCGCAAAAGGCGCGAUCGGAUCAAAAUCACCGAAGCUGUGCUAGUUGCGGCUGCAACAAACCUCAUAAAUGGAAAACGGUGUAUUCUCCUCUUGAUGAAAUAUGGUGGGCAAAAGCUGAAAAUCACCGCAAAUGUUGCUUAUGCGGCCGCUGGAAACCCGACACAGGCGUGUGACAUCUUAAUACUUCUUCUAAAUCAUCCAACAUACCACGAAGUUGGUGUGUCAGAACAGCUCCUUUCAGUUGCAGUUCAGAAUGACAGUAUCAGAAUUCAGGAUGAUGUUAUCAAGCUUAUGCUAAGUCACCACAACGCUCCAUUGCCAAUCUCGGAACGUGUUGUCAUGGCUGCGACGAAGAGCACGCGGUUCGGCAGGAAGAUGCUGGGCCUGCUUCUAAACCAAUACAAGGGCCCUGUCUGCAUUUCUAACAGCACACUACAAGAGGUGUCAGAAAAGCUGGGGAAGGCCAUGUAUCGAAGGUUGCAGGCGCGUCAAAUCCACCCACAAGUCCCCCAUAAAACAGAAUGGCGUGCUGUGUGGCGGUUAUUUGUUCUUUUUGUUUCUUGCUAUUUAUGGCCUCUUUUUCAUCGAGAUAAGACGAGAGUUGUCUAAUGAGCUAGUUUCGCCCCAGCAUACGAAUGCAUGUUACUUUGGAAGUUCAUUUUCUUAUGCAAUAGUGG